CGGACUGGGUGGUAGACGUGCCGUCCCUCAUCGAUCAAUGUAUGGCCAACUCCCUCCAAGACCGCUCCCGGUAUCUGACGCUUGUGUUUAGAUCUCGAGCGUGCCCGAGUGCACAUUACCUCCCAGGGCAUGCCCAAAGUGGCUCGCGCUCUGGAUUCGCGAAUGAUCAAGCCUCACCUCUACCUGGACGGCUUUCUCUUCAAUACCUUGCUUACACUCACCACCACUAGUGUCCCGGUGGCAAAUGAGCAACGGCGGCACGAAACCAUGGUGACAUGGCUCCGGACCAAUCUCCUCAUUACCAUCAGAGCUGCUGUUGAAUCACGGUCAUACGAUCCUAGAGCCCUGGCCAUCUGCAUCGCUCUGUUCAUCGGCUGGGAAUUGGAGAUCGGAGACCCGGUCGCUUGUCGUGUCCACGUGAAAGCCCUCCCGACUAUACUAGACUCCGAUUCGAACGCGAACCGCCGAGAACCCCUGUUCACCUAUUCUGGUCGAGAGUGUGGCAAUCGGGCUUUUCGGGGAGGCAGCAGCAUUCCGUCUGGCUUUGAAUUCUUUCGAGCGCAAAACCUCCUGCCCUCCUCGCUCAUGUUCCACGUCGGCAGUCUUGUAUAUUGGGACGCUUCAGCGCCCGGCUCGAGUCGCUGGAUGAGGGAGCUGUGGAGUUCGAUUGGGGCCUGCGCUCCGGCUGGAAGCAGGGCGCAGAGUGCUGUCGCCCAGGGAACCGUGGACGCACGGAUCGCCCAGCUGGUGCGUCAAGCGGCGAUCAUGUUGGGUUCACUCAUGCGGUCAAGCGCCGGUGAGCGGCCGGUCGCGCAGCCGCAAGUCACGGGGAUCCAGGCACAGUGGCACUCCAUGCUGUCGACUGACUGGGACUCGCUGAUGGGAACGGUGUUUGAUGAGAUUCUGCUGUGGAGCAUGUGCGUGUUUUGCACCACGUCGGGAUACCACAACGAUCCGCAGCUGAGAGGAAUUGCUCGCUUGCUUGCACGGCUGGACAUCCGGACCCUGAACGACCUCUCUGCACUCCUUGCCACAUUUCUCUGGCCGCCGUGUGUGCACCAGCCUCUACUAGAUUUGUGCUCCCACAUGCAUGGUCUGCUCCCGCCCUCUUGGACCUUGCCGGAGGGAGGGUGAAUCGUCGUUGCCCAUUCGCAACAUUCACCUGCUGCUUUCCCCAUGAUGGCACUAAUUUAGCGGUCUAGUGGGCACAACGCUGUUCAAGACCGGCUCCGCGAGGAGAAUGUUGGUAGCCAACUACCAAUCAGGACGGGGAGUGAUUCGGAGAAUGGGCAUCCGAGCAUGCAGGAUCUCAAAUGCCUU